CGCUUCGCAAAGAAUUGUGCUGACAUCCUUCCCAAAAGAAGAAGAAGAAAAGUGGAGGAAAAAGGAAGUGAAUUAAGACGCAAGUAAAUAUGAAAUUCAACAGGGAAAACGACAACGAUUUCCACUCGCAAUGACGCAGUCCGUUGUCGUCCAGGUCGGACAGUGCGGGAACCAGAUCGGUUGUCGGUUUUGGGACCUGGCUCUGCAGGAGUAUGCGCGCUUCAACAAAACCGGUCUGUACGACGACGCCGCCGGCACGUUUUUCCACGCGGCGGACUCGAGGAGCGGGGACGGGGUCUACUGCGUCCAGGACGGGACAAUCCGGCAGCUGAAGGCUCGCGCGGUGCUGCUGGACACGGAGGAGGGCGUGAUCGGUGGGAUCAGGCGCGGCCCUUUGAGGGGCUUGUUUGACAGCACCCAGAUCCUCACAGGGGUGUCGGGCGCAGGCAACAAUUGGGCGUCCGGACACCUGCACUACGGCGUCACCUACACGGACAAAAUAGUCGAUCAGGUGAGGAGGGCGGCGGAGGACUGCGACAGCCUGCAGUCGUUUUUCCUCCUCCAUUCCACGGGAGGAGGUACGGGUUCAGGGCUCGGGACCAAAGUCCUCGGCCUCCUCAAGGACGAAUUCCCGGAGGCGUGUCGCAUCGUGGUCCCGGUCUUUCCGUCCGCCGAGGACGACGACGUCGUCGUGUCGCCUUACAACAGUUUGCUGGCGGCGAGGGAGCUCACCGAGCACGCCGACUGCGUGGCGCUGGUCGGGAACCGGUCCCUGCUGGACAUUUUGAACGUGGGAGCGAAAUGUCACGGGGCACCGGCCGGGGUCAACUUGAAACGGGCGAGGAAGAGCCCGACCGGGUCGGAGAGGCCCUUCGACGCCAUGAACAACAUCGUCGCCGACAUGCUGCUCGACAUGACGGCCUCGGCCCGCUUCGAGGGUUCCCUCAACAUGGACCUGAGCGAGAUCGCCACCAACCUGGUUCCUUUCCCCCGAUUGCACUACCUGGUCCCGAGCGUCAGCCCCGUCGUCCCGAGCAGAGGGCUGGAUCAGCUGUUCGGCGACGCCUUCGCCAAGGGCCGGCAGUUGAUCCGGGCGGACCCGAAGCGAGGCCUCCACCUGGCCUGCGCCCUCAUGCUCAGGGGCGACGUCCGAGUGUCGGACCUGCGCAGGAACAUCCAGCGCUUCAAGCCCCUUUUGCGCUUUGCGCCGUGGAACCCCGAAGGCUGGAAGACCAGCCUCUGUUCCGCCCCCCCCGUCGACCGCUCCCGGUCGCUUUUGGCGUUGGCCAACACCACCGGCGUCAAGUCCACCUUUGCGGACCUGAGCGCGCGUUUCGCCAAUCUGUACCGGAAGAAGGCCUACUUGCACCACUACCUGCAGGUCCAGGGCAUGGAGCAGAGCUUCUUCGCCGAGGCCCUGUCGUCCCUGCGCUCUUUGAUCGAGGAGUACCGGCGCCUCGACGCCGACGCGGCCGAAUUAACGCCCGCUGCGGCGAGAUUAAACGUCGCGAGAUAAAAUGCUGCUGCCGCCG